AUGUGUAGAUUGAUGAAGAAAAUGGUAAACGGUGUGGUUGGCUUUCGUCACGUGAAACUGGGUCUUGAAGCGGAGUUAACGUCGUUAAGACCACAAAGCUAUCUAUAUGUUGCCUCGUAUCCUCGUAUCCUCGUAUCUUCGUAUCUUCUCAUUGCCAAGCCCUCGAAUAUUUUAUCAAAACUAGAAACUUUAAAAUCUUCUCGAAACGUCGGAAGAUCUCAAACUGUACCACUAGCAAAAUCUCUCUUAAAACACAUAGUCGAACUCGCACAUUCGAAGGAUCUCAAUAGUGGCAAUCUCACAUUCGAAUCACAAAAUGUGAAAGAUAUAAUACCCGCCUCCAUUUGCUCCAAAACGCAAUUCGAACGACGAAUAGCUUUCCAUGUUGAUCUAUAUCUUCAUCCCAUCUGGAACCGUAUAACCGCACUUGCUAGCUAG